AUGAAUAAUAUCAGCUUAUCUACUUUCAACGUAGGGUAUUUCAUGGGCCAUGUUGAAAUCGACAGACUUCUGAUCGCUUCUUCAGGCAUAAAGUACAUUCAUCCAGCGAACAUAUCGUCGAUACAAAAAGGAAAUGUGCCACUGAUUAAAGAACUUUAUUUAAAUUUUAACAUCUUGAGUAACAUUCCAGGGUAUGCUCUACGUGGUUUUGAAAAACUGCAAGUCCUGAACCUUCAAGGGAAUCGUAUAUCGAGCAUCAAUAAUGAAUCAUUUUGUGGCUUACAUUCACUGGUAUACCUCAGUUUGUCUUGGAAUAAAAUAAGUUCACUUCCCCGCGCUUCGUUCGCUUGUGCUUCAAAUCUCCUGAAAAUUGAUUUGUCACGUAAUUACCUCGCGACAUUGGAUCCACAAUGGUUUGACGGAUCCUUGUUUCUUCGUAGCUUGUUUAUAGAUCAAAGUGGCAUCCGUAGCAUUAUGGUCGGACCGUGGAAGGCAACUAAUCUCCAGACUCUUGUUCUUACAAGAAACAAUCUUGAUUCCCUUUAUCAUGAAACCUUCACUGGGUUGUCAAAUUUGAAAGCACUUAAUCUUUCUCGCAAUGCCAAUCGUUUUCGGAUGUCAGAGGACGCCCUCAUUUCAGUAAGUUCCUUAGAAUUCCUCGACAUGUCGAAUUUGAAACAAUUUACCAUGAAAUGUUCGUUUAGAAAUAUGCAACAUCUACUUAAUCUGGACUUGUCAAAUAACCAGUUGAAAAUUUCAUCACGUGACCAGUUUACGAACACAUCUGCGCUGAAGGUUCUCGAUAUGUCGGCAUCACAUCUCAAAGCUGAAGAUUUAGUUGAUAUACAAACAGGGACAUCGUUGUUUUCAGGUUUGGUCUCCUUGCAGACCCUUAUACUACGAUACAACUCUUUAGAUACUCUGCAUGCUCUUUCUGGCAUAUUCACCCCGCUUGGAAGUCUUGUUGAGCUAGACUUAACAAGUUGUCGUAUACGACAAGUUGCGUCAGGAACAUUUGCAAACUUAACGACCUUGCUUCAGCUCUGUCUGCCUGAAAAUAAAAUAACCAGCAUUUCCAAGGACGCUUUUCAAGGUUUGCACAAUUUACGGUUGGCCAUCGUUGGUUACCAUGAGAUCACUGAAGAUCGAGAUCCGGAGGACUAUGAAUUCCAACUCAACCUCAUGUUCCACGAAGACGAUGAAUGGUGGGUAAAUGACUGCAUGAAACCUUUUCUGGAGCAGAGGAUGCCUCAUCUGGAGCGCGUCAUAUUUGGCGAUGCCGAUCUUCACCCAGGAUUGUUCUACUUGAACGCCAUCUACGACGUCAUCGAAAACAGCCACAAGACAAUAUUGUUGCUUAGCAACCAGUCUGUGGACGAUGCCUGGUACAUGACCAAGCUCCGUAUGGCAGUGGAGCACAUGAAUGACACCAAGUUGGAGAAGGUCAUCUUGAUUUUCCUUGAAGACAUCGAUAAUGACCAUCUACCGUACCUUGUUAGGCUCUUGCUGAGUCGAAACAAGCCUUAUUUGUUGUGGACAGAGGAUGAAGAAGGUCAAGAGAUCUUCUGGGCAAAGGUCCAGAAGAGCAUGAGAUCAAACCGGCAAAUGAACAAUGUUAUACCCGUUUAA